CUGGUGCAAUUAUCAUUAUUAAUUUAUUUACUUGCAUAUAUUUAUCUUAAUUAAUGGUUCGCCAACGACAGCAUAAACCCAGCACUGUAUGUACGCACAACGACGAGGUUCAACGGGUGCCCACUUUUUCGUUUUCCGAUCUGCAUCCUUUAUCCUGUCUCCAGAUCGUGCUUCGAGCUACACUCUCCCACCGGAAUUCAGCUCCAUUUUGGUCGGUUUUUGAUCGCUAUUCCGUCGCUCCAUGGCGUUUACCUCCCGGCGAGGCGCCGGUGGAUGGUCGCCGUCCCUCCUUCCAACCACCAAAUCCUCCGCCAAACAAUCACGGAAGCCUCGGAAGCGUACAGCCGCAGCCUUACGUGAAUUUGUCAUCUCUAAUUUCUUCACAAUCGGCGCCUGUUUCACUUUCGUGUUUUUCCUUUUUAUCCUCUUCCGCUUCUCCGCUGGUCCCGUAUCCGUUCAAUUACGCUCUUCUUCAACGCAUGCCCGUUCCGCGCGGCAUCGGAAGCCUGUGGUCCAUAGGUCUCUGAACGUUUCGGUUCUGACGGCUGCUGUCGAUAUCACCACGAAGCAGCUGUAUGAUAAGAUCCAGUUUUUGGAUGAGGACGGUGGGCCGUGGAAGCAGGGAUGGCGAGUGACUUACAAAGGGAAUGAGUGGAAUGAAGAGAAAUUGAAGGUAUUUGUGGUGCCGCAUUCGCAUAAUGAUCCUGGCUGGAAGCUCACUGUCGAGGAGUAUUAUGAUCGGCAAUCUAGGCAUAUUCUUGAUACUAUUGUUGAAACACUGGCAAAGGAUAAUCGACGAAAAUUCAUAUGGGAAGAGAUGUCUUAUCUUGAAAGAUGGUGGAGAGAUGCUUCACAUUUGAAAAGAGAAUCUUUCACCAACCUAGUGCGGAAUGGGCAGCUGGAAAUUGUUGGUGGUGGAUGGGUGAUGAAUGAUGAGGCUAAUUCACAUUAUUUUGCUAUCAUUGAGCAGAUCACCGAAGGAAAUUUAUGGUUGAACGAAACCGUUGGUUUUAUUCCUAGAAAUUCAUGGGCUAUUGAUCCAUUUGGGUAUUCGCCAACCAUGGCUUAUCUUCUUCGUCGCAUGGGUUUUGAAAACAUGCUUAUACAGAGAACACAUUAUGAGUUGAAGAAGGAGUUGGCAUCGUUUAAGAAUCUGGAGUAUGUAUGGAGACAGAGCUGGGAUACUGAGGAAACAACUGAUAUCUUUGUCCACAUGAUGCCAUUCUAUUCGUAUGAUGUCCCACAUACAUGUGGGCCAGAGCCUGCUGUUUGUUGCCAAUUUGACUUCGCUCGAAUGCACGGAGGUCCGUAUGAGAGGUGCCCUUGGGGAGAAAAUCCCGUAGAGACUGAUCAAGGAAAUGUGAAGGAGAGGGCACUGAAAUUAUUGGACCAGUACAGGAAGAAAUCAACAUUGUACCGGACAAACACACUUCUGAUUCCCCUUGGUGAUGAUUUCCGCUAUGUUAGUGUUGAUGAAGCAGAGGCUCAGUUCCGGAAUUAUCAGCGGUUAUUUGAUUACAUCAAUUCUGAUCCUAGCUUGAAUGCUGAAACUAAGUUUGGUACUUUGGAUGACUAUUUCCGGACCCUGCGUGAUGAAUCCGAUAAAAUAAAGUAUUCAGUGGCUGGCGAAAUUGGCUCUGGUGAGAUUGGAGGUUUCCCGUCUUUAUCAGGCGACUUUUUUACGUAUGCUGAUAGAAAUCAAGACUACUGGAGUGGGUACUAUGUCUCCAGGCCUUUCUUCAAGGCUGUCGAUCGUGUAUUGGAGCAAACACUUAGGGGUGCAGAAAUGAUGAUGGUUUUCCUGUUAGGAUACUGUCAGAGAGGUCAAUGUGAGAAGUUGCCCACUAGUUUUUCCUACAAGUUGAUCUCAGCCAGACGGAACUUAGCUUUGUUUCAACACCAUGAUGGUGUGACUGGCACUGCUAAGGAUCAUGUGGUUGUGGAUUAUGGAUCACGGAUGCAUGUGGCUUUAGAAGACCUACAGAUUUUUCUGUCUAAAGCUUUCGAAGUUCUGCUUGGAAUGCAUCAUGAGAAAAGUGAUCAAAAUACAGCAAAUUUUGAACCUGCACAAACAAGAUCCAGGUUUGAUGCUCAAACCGUGCAUAGAGCCAUUAGUGCCCGUGAAGGAACUGUGCAAACCGUCGUCCUUUUUAACCCAUUGGAGCAAACAAGAAAUGAAGUGGUAAUGAUGGUUGUUGGACGACCAGAUGUUACAGUGCUGGACUCAAACUGGACCUGUGUCAAGAGUCAGGUCUCUCCCGAACUACACCAUGACAGAAAAGGUAUGUUUACUGGGAGACAUCGUCUGUAUUGGAAAUCUUCUGUUCCUGCUAUGGGAUUACAGACCUACUAUGUGGCUAAUGGUUUUGUGGGAUGUGAGAAAGCCCAGGCAGCUUCUCUCAAGAUCAUUUCUCCGUCCAAACAAGUUUCUUGCCCUCCUCAUUAUUCUUGCUCUGAUAUAGAAACUGAUACAGUUGAAAUCAGAAAUCGGCAUCAUACUCUCACCUUGAGUGCAAGAAAUGGCCUAUUGCAGAAAAUAAGUCAUAAGGAUCGUCACCUCAAUGUUGACGAAGAAAUAAGCUUGUACUCUAGCACUGAGAGUGGAGCCUACCUCUUCAAACCAAAUGGUGACGCUCAAUCGAUCACUCAAGAUGGUGGAGAACUGGUAGUUUCCGAGGGUCAUUUGGUACAAGAAGUUUUUUCCCGUCCAAAGACAGCUUGGAGAAAAGCUCCAAUCUCCCUCAGCACCCGUGUAUAUAAUGGUGAGGGUACAGUACAGGAAUUUGUUAUCGAGAAAGAUUACCAUGUCGAGCUUCUUGGGCAAGAGUUCAAUGAUAAAGAACUGAUCGUUAGAUAUAAGACAGAUGUUGAUAAUAAGAGAAUCUUUUACUCUGACUUGAAUGGCUUUCAGACAAGCCGGAGGGAAACUUAUGACAAGAUACCUGUGCAGGGAAAUUACUAUCCUAUGCCGUCCCUUGCAUUUAUGCAAGACUCAAAUGGAGAACGCUUCUCAGUUCACACUCGACAGUCCUUGGGCGUGGCUAGCUUAAAAAAUGGGUGGCUGGAGGUUAUGCUCGAUCGUAGAUUAGUGAGAGAUGACGGGCGUGGUCUGGGACAAGGAGUGAUGGACAACCAUCCCAUGAAUGUGGUAUUUCAUCUUACAGUGGAGUCUAGCAUUUCAUCGCCAGUUGAUCCCAGUUUGAAUCCUAAUCCUCUGAGUCCGUCUCUUCUCUCGCAUCUUGUCGGCGCUCACUUGAACUAUCCAAUGCACAUGCACAUUGCUAAAACUGCCGAUCCAAUCUCAGUGCAGCCGCCCCCAAGGUCCUUCUCCCCUCUGGUGGCUUCCUUGCCGUGUGAUUUUCAUAUUGUGAACUUCAAGGUUCCUCAACCGGCGAAAUACUCUCAGCAGUCCCCCGAUGAACCUAGGUUUGCGCUUGUUGUGCAAAGGCGACACUUUGAUACUUCAUAUUGUCGAACAGGCAGAUCGCAAUGUUUGACUAUGGGUGAUGAGCCCAUCAAUCUGUUUGAAAUGUUUAAGGGAAUGGCUGUUACAAAAGCAGAAGGAAGUUCCAUUAAUCUUCUGCACAAAGAGUCUGAUCUGCUCGGCUAUAAUGAACGAUUUGGAGCAGGUGCUCGGGAAGGGCGUAUCUUUAUCUCUCCCAUGGAAAUACAGGCUUACAAACUGCAACUACAACCGCGAGAGUAACACUGCUGUGCAAACCAAUCCCGAGUUUGUUGAGCUAUGGAAGAAUUCUACUAUUUCAUUUUUGCCGAGCUUCUGGAAGUUUGUAGAGUGUUGUGGUGACGCAAGCAGCCAUAACUUGACCCGAAACGCAUGGAGAACUUUGUUGGGUGCUGCCUGCAGUUUUCCAUCUUCCCACAGAAGAGAAGAAGAAGAAGAACUAUGGCAGUAUGCAUCCAUCAUCUGUACUAUAAAAGUUCACAGAAAUAUGUAACAGAUAGGUGUUUAGAAUAUGUUAUGGCCUUCUUUAAUCGACUUUACCUUCUAAGGAUAUGGUGAUGAAGAUGUGCCAAGUAUGCAUGGCUAGGAUAGCCAUGGGGUGUACAUUGGGAAAAAAAGGGCAUAACAAGUUCAAUCUAUUACAUA